CUCGAAGGUCCGGCCGCUUUUACGCUUCCGUUGCCGCAUUCUGGAAAGGCCGCUGCGCCCUUGAGAGGCUCCCGUGCCGAGCCCGCUACGCCGCUUCCGUAGAGGAGCUCCGCUUAUUCCCUACCGAAAGUUACGGCGGCGGAUGCGGGGCGGCGCGGCCGAGGGACGCAAACGGCGUAGCGGUGGGACGGAGACCCCCGGCCGAAGGCGACCCGGGACGAGAGCGGGAUCUGUUCCCAGAUGGAUGGUGAUCCCUGAAUCCCCUUCGACCGCUGCCAGCCUUUGAGUACCUCUCCAUAUAAACCAAGACUUCACCAUGUGGCACAAGGCCCUGUGUGUGGCUGUGCUGGCCUUGGCCACCGGCUACGUCUUCUGGCUGGACCCAACUUGGCCAGAUUUCCUGUGGGAGCAUCUCUUGGACCCCUUCUUGUACCAACUUCAGGGGGACUUGGGGUCUCCAGAAAGCAGCAUGGCAGAGGCCUGGGAUGCCCUCAUCACCCGGCCAGCCAAGCAAUGGAGCAGAGUCGCUGUGGGGGUCAACGCUUGCGUGGACGUGGUGCUGUCCGGGGUGAAGCUGCUGCAGGCCCUCGGCUUCCGCGGUGAGGCUGGGAAAGACCAUUCGGUCUUGCGUUCCGCUGCCGAACUGGAAGAAGCCUUCCUUCAUUUUAUGGGGAAGGGCGCUGCUGCAGAACGUUUCUUCAACGACGCGGAUGCCUUCCACCGCAUCGCGCAAAUGGCGUCCAGUUAUCCUGGCGCACAGUUGUAUGUUGGAGGAAAUGCCGCGCUCAUUGGCCAGAAAAUUGCAUCUCAUCCAGACUUAAAGGUUCUACUUUGUGGCCCAAUUGGGCCCAAACUUCACGAAUUGCUUGACGAGAAUGUAAUGGUCCCUCCAGAAUCACUUCAAGAAUUAGAUGAAUAUCAUCUCAUCUUGGAAUACCAAGCAGGUGAAGAAUGGGGAGAGCUGAGAGCUCCCAACGCCAACCGAUUCAUCUUCUCCCAUGACCUGUCCAACGGGGCCAUGAACAUGCUAGAAGUAUUCGUGUCCAGCCUGGAGGAAUUUCAGCCAGACCUGGUGGUGCUCUCAGGGUUCCAUAUGAUGGAAGGACAGAACAGAGAGCUACGCCAGAGGAGGCUCCGAGAGGCCGUCGCUUCCAUUUCUGACAUUCCCACCGACGUCCCAAUCCAUCUGGAAUUAGCCGGUAUGACCGACCCAGACCUCAUGAGAGACAUAAUUCACCAGCAGAUCUUCCUUCUCGUGAACUCCAUCGGUCUGAACGAACAGGAGCUGCUGUUCCUCACCCAGGCAGCCUCGGGACCUCACUCCUCCUUAACCUCCUGGAACGGCGUCCCGGAUGUGGCUACUGUCAGCGACAUCCUUUUCUGGAUCUUGAAAGAACACGGGAGGACUUCAGCCAAGGCUUCGGAUCUCACCCGGAUCCACUUCCAUACUUUGGCCUACCACCUCCUGGUUACCGUGGAUGGCUAUUGGGCCAACCAGGUGGCGGCCGUGGCUGCCGGAGCCAGGGUGGCGGGGACCCAAGCUUGUGCCACCCAGACCAUCGACGCCAACAAAGUCUUCCUGAAGGCACCACUGGAGUUUGCCACUUCCAAGACGGACGGGGCCUCCAGAAUCUCCUUAAACCCAAAGGAGCCCAUAUCGGUGUGGCACCGGAACGGCGUCUCUUUCCACUACACCCCUGUGCUGGUGUGUAAAAGCCCCCUGCGGACUGUGGGCCUCGGGGACGCCAUUUCUGCCGAAGGACUCCUGUAUUCAGAAAUCCAUUCUCACUAACCGCUGAAUAAGAGAGAUCACUCCAAAAUGUCGGACCAAGCAGGUACAGACUGGGAAGUCAAGAUUGGAUCAGGAACCAAAGGGGGGGAGGGGAGAGAGAAUAAAUGGUAUCCAGAACUUGGACUGUUUGCCAUAGGAAUGUUUGUAACGCAACCAUCAGCCCUUUUUGGCCGAAGCGCGAAAGCAAAGCGCUCAGUUAUUAUUUUUUUAUUAAGUCCAUUUAAUUUGCUAUAAUUUCUAAAGUGAGGUUGUUUGUGGUGCCUGAUUAUUUUAGGUGGGAUAUAGGGAUGUUUUUCAGAAUCCUAUCAGCCAACUUCCUAUACUUGCUUGGAAGAUCAAUGUAUUUCCCUUUUAACUUUCCUACUUCCAAAGGGGUAACAACCCAUUUACAGGCAAGGGAAGGAUUUUCCUCUUAGGCUCAUAAAGUGACCUAGGGCUGCUUUCAAAAUAAUCAGAAGUUAUUCCCUUUUUUUAAAAAAAUUUAUUUGAAUUUAUAUCCCGCCCUUCUCCAAAGACUCAGGGCGGCUUACACUGUGUUAAGCAAUAGUCUUCAUCCAUUUGUAUAUUAUAUACAAAGUCAACUUUUAUUGCCCCCAACAAUCUGGGUCCUCAUUUCACCUACCUUAUAAAGGAUGGAAGGCUGAGUCAACCUUGGGCCUGGUGGGACUUGAACCUGCAGUAAUUGCAAGCAACUGCUAUUAAUAACAGACUGUCUUAGCAGACUCCCCCCCGCAGUGUUUAGACUUCAGUGGUUGUCAUUUAUAUUGUGGUGGCGAGAGGAAGGAGGAGUGGGUUUUAAGUCCCAGAGAGGAAGGGUGAGAUAAAACGUAUAACUAACGGCGGAACUGAAAUCUUUGAUUGUGAGAGAAUGGGAUUAAUGCCGGCAGACCUUAAUAAUGUACAGAAGCAGCCCUUGCCUUACAACCAGGAUUGAGUCUGGAAUUAUGACCGUAAGUUGUGGUUAAAACGGGUUACCCUGUGGCUGCGCCCAAUUUUGUGAACUUUUCGUGGCGGUUAAGCAAAUCCGUUUUAUCCAAAGGCGGAGGCGGAGAGGGUUUGCCAGGAAGUAAAAGAAAACGUCCGAAACCGUAAAAAAAAAAAAUAAUCACCAAAAAAAUGAUGGUUUACGUAUCCACAGAAUGCGACAAUCUGGUUGCCAAGCGACCAAAAUAGAAUCACAUUCCUGGGGAGGGUAUCGGAACAAUAAACCGAGUCGUAAGUACCUUUUGUGGGGCCCGUCGUAACUUCCAAAUGGUUGCUGAGUGACCUUCAUUAAGCGACGUGCUGUGUUCAUUAACUUUUCCCUUUUGUAAACUUAUUCAGACUCAAGGUUCAGUUAGAAAAAUAGCACCUCCUGAAAUUUUUUUUCUCCGUCGGAAUGUUUUAUUGAUUCGUUUUCAAAGCGGGGAGGUGGGGGAACAUCCCUCUCUCCCUGGUUGAAAUCCCCAAAAUGUUGCAUUCCCUUGAAACGGACACCUUCGUAGACGGAAUAGAUGUGCACUUGAAACGCUUCUUUGGAUCCUGUUCUGGAAAACUGGAUCCUGUCUUUUCACCAGAAAGCAACGAUAACGGCUCGCAUCGGGACUGCGGUGGCCGGGGACGGACGGACGGAUGGAUGUUUCUUCCUUGUCAUUUCCAGGGUGCUGUUUUCUCUGCCUGACUGAAUAUGCGAGAACUCCAGUGGAAAUGGGUCCCCUUUGGGUGGGCUUCUGCUCGAAGUCCGGUUGGAAGAGGGAACGCCAGAAUGGUGGCAAUGAGGAGCUAGCAGCUAAAAAAAUUAGAAGACUUGAAUAUGCAUUUUCUUUUCUUUUCUUUUUGUUUUUUUUGCACCUGCUCUUUUUUAACGAGAGAAAUGGUGGCAGUUAAAUGUGCAGCUUCUUUCUACAGCAGGGUGUUCAAACUCGAUUUCAUUCAGGGUUGUGUUUGAACUCGGGGAGGCUGGGGUGGGUGGGCAUCACUCAUGUCCAGGGGUCUUUGUGGUGGCCUGAAUGCUCCCCACACCCCAAGCUCUGUUUUUUGCUGGCGGAAGGUUGCAGGAGGCUGUUGCAGCCAAAAACAGAGCUCAGGAGGGCUGCGUGCGGUCUACCUGAACUCCCAUCUUCGCUGGCAAAGGAUUGCAGAAGUCCGUUGCAGCCGAAAACAGCUCAGGAGGGCUGCGCACAGUCCACCCGAGCUCCGUUUUCACUGGCAGAGGCAAUGCGGGCCAGUCCUUCGCUGUUUCCAGGGUAGCCCCGUGGGCCAGAUUAAGCACCCCAUGGGCCGGCUCCGGCCCCCGGGCCUUGCGUUUUGACACCCCUGUUCUACAGAUUCUGCACGGCUUAUGCUGAUGCAUUGCUUUAAUUCCACAGGGGCCACUAUGUGGGUGGCUACGUGGGACCAAACACUCCAUAGUUGUUCUUUCCGCUCCUUGUCUUAGUUCCUUGUAGAUUUCAGGUUCAAUUCCAUCUUGUACAAACCUAGCAAGCCUCUCUUUUUUUUUUAGCAAUUUCAUCCUAGUUAGAGUCAUCCAGGCUGGAUUGGGAGAUCCAUUGCCCGAUUUAAUGUUCCAUUCCCAUGUUUUCUUAUCUGUGGCCUUUCUGUUUUACUGCAUUCCUUCUACUUUGGAAUAUAGCCAAGUUUACAACCUUGUCAACUUUAAGACUUGUGGACUUCAACUCCAAGAAUCCCUCAGCCAGCAAAGCUGGGGAAAGGGGAAUUCUGGGAGUUCGAGUCCUCAAGUCUUAAAAAUGACCAAAUCUGGCGAACCCUGCACAAAAGCAAAGUAGCAAUACCAGCUGAAGAUUUACACAACUUCCUUUAUCCUCCUUCACGAGACCUCCUUCAAGUGUGGAUGGAGUUAAAAAACCCCAGCUGACACCUGAAGUAGAAAUUCUGUAGUUGCCCAAAUAUAUUUGAAGGGGGGAACUGAGCUACAAGAUGAUGAUGGCCCAAGAUGACGGCUAAAAGAAAUUAUAAUUGCAAAUUUGUGAGCUUUUCUGAAUCCCAGGAGGCUUCUUCCUAUCAUUCCUUUGUCCGUAGUGUUUGCCUGAUCGUUUUCAUUCGAAUCAAAAGUAAUUCAUUGCAAUCAUGUUAUCCAAAUUCUCAGGGAGGUGUUGGCUGGAGGUCCAAAUGUGCUUUAAACUGCAUAGAUUCAAUAGGUACCAGUCUGAACUGGGUGAUUCCCACCUCUGCCCUAGAACAGGGAUUUUCAACCUUGGCAACUUUUAAAAGUCCAGUGGACUUCAACUCCCAGGAUUCCCCAGCCAGCAUGGGGAAUUCUGGGAGCGAAGGUCUUAAAGUUGGCAAGGUUGGGACAGCCCUGGGGUAAACCAUAGGCAUCGGUUUUUCUUGGUGCCAGGCAGUUGUGAAACAUGCAGUUGCAAAACUCAACUGUGAAACGAAAAUUGCCUUUUUCUUUCUUGCUUGCCAAUAAAUAAUAGCAGGGAUUGAGUGGACCAUUUGUAGGAGCCUUCUCUGAAGAGGUGUCUUGAAUAGCUUUUCUUGCCAAAGUAUUCUGCCUGCACAGUUCCUAUGAAAUAAGUAUUUUUUAAAUCAAGUACGAGGUCUCGAAUAUAUAUAUAUAUAUAUAUGGGUGUAAAAAAGAAAAUCUUACGAUGCUGUGCAAUGGUGUUUUCAAUAAAUGUUGUUUUGCAUUUAAUGUACAAAA